CAAAAAUUUUCGAAAAGGGCCCAAAACGACCACCCUUCGACUAUCGGAUCUGUUGCAUCUGCGACGUUCCGUUUGUGCCGAAACGGCCGCUAUGACUCCCGUGGCCACGGGAAUCGCUCGCAGAAGAAGAACGCUUGCCACAAACGGAAGUAGUUUCCUGUCUCUGGUUAAACGCAAGAAGGCAAAUCUACGCGAACGGAACCGCAUGCACGGACUGAACGAUGCGCUCGAUCGGUUACGGAUGUGCGUUCCUCUUCCGGUGAGUUUACUGUCUCCCGCCAUAGUCCACCAAACCUGCGAUGGAUCACAACCAACGGAAUCUGUUCCUCCAACAUCGGCGCAAAAGCUUUCAAAAAUCGAUACACUUCGAUUGGCGCAAAACUACAUUUUCACUCUCCUGGAAGUCCUGCACAGUGGACGCCGUUUUACGUACGAUCGUCUAGUGGCGGUCCUAGCUUCUCGGUUGAGUCAGGGAACGGUCAACUUACUGCGCACGAAACUGACCUUCGACCGUGAACUGCGCAACGGUUUGCUGCUUGAAGACAGCCUAGACGGAAUGGCCUUCGUGGAAAGUUCUGCGGCAGAAACUCGUAGUGCCGUGCUGUGUAGUUUGUGUUCCGGUGGCACCAGCAGUUGGCUAAACGCUUCCGAACAGCAGCAGCAGCUGCAACUGUUACGGCCACGAUCUGUAGGACAGUGGAAUUCGAACUACGGAUGCGCUUACUGCCGUUACGAGUACGCAGAAGACGACACUUCCUAUCACUGUUCCACGGCCGGCGAGCUGUGCGAAUACUAAUUGCACGGAAUAAAGGGACACCAUACAACAGGUUUAUCUAUCGUUAUUUUGGGUAGGUUUUAUUCUUAUUAUCAUUUAUAUCGGUUAAACUAAGAUAUAAAGUAGGUCACGAAAAAGAUCUUUCUUAAAAUACGGACGUCCAAAUAGUAUUCAGCAGCUCGGUUCGAGUAAGCCCUUCUUUUCGUCCCUUAUGCCAGCCCGGUACCGUCGUCCUUUGUCUCACCAACAAGUA